UUUGGGUCAAACUAGCAUAAAGUUCUGUAAAAUAAUUGCGGAAAGUUUGACUUUUGAGCAAGCUGUGACGUAGCAAGCUAAAAAUUGGUUGAACAAUUAAAAAGGAUCUAAAUAACAACAUAUUCAAGGUAAAGGCCAUAUAAAUGAACGAUGUUUGCAAAGCAGUUACACGACAUUAAUAGACAACUUGGCAAUAGCAUAUAACUUUAAGCCUUCUAGCUUGCUGCUAAGCAUGCACAUGCAUCAGAUGCACUAGUUGAUACUUUAGGCAGUCACUGGUUCCUUUCACAUCUGGAGAUAUGCAGCCAUGAGUUCCACCAAUCACAAUCAGAUUUUUGCGCACACUAAACUUGCUGAUUCCAUAUUGACAGUAAAUGUUCUGUGUUACCCUUCACUGCACUACAAUCUGGUAUAGUUUAAUUUUUGGGUGUUAGCAUUAUGAAACAAUGUUUUUGUGAUGUCAUCCUUAUGAAUACCAUUAAAAUACUUGAGGUAUGUAUUUCCUGUCUUAUUGCAAAUACCAGUACUGAAAACAACUUGGGGGUCUUAGGGCAAACUGAUUGGUAUACUAAUCACUGACCAUAAAUCUUCCCAAUAUAUAAAAGGAAUCUAACGUCUAGAACUCGUACAAUAUUCAUCACAAUGAAUCGAUGAAUUGAGGAAACACGCGCAUGUUAUAUAUAAAUGUACUGCAAAUUAAGUUCUAAUACAUCCAUACAUUUUCAUGCUUCAAUGGCCUCAAUUGCGUGCUUCAUCCUUUUACGGAAGAGCUAGCUGUGGGUCUAAGCAGAUUUCCUGGCUUUGCAUGAUGGGGAGAGGUAUAAAACUAGAUACCUGUACUGUUCUCCCAGGCAAGAUUAUAUAGAGUCUAGAUAUAGCUAUGAAGAGAGUUGCAGUGAUUGGAGCUGGAAGUUCUGGUAUUUCUUGUGCCAGACACCUCAGCAAGUUUCCUGAGACCUUCCAGUUCACUGUGUAUGAGCAGAGUGAGCAGGUGGGGGGCGUGUGGGUGUACGACAAUCCCACUCCAGGAAAAAUACCGAAAGAUGUGAGAGUUUCUUUACAGAAUGAUGCUGAAACUCAUUAUAGAAGCAGUAUCUACAAAAAUCUGUGGACUAACCUUCCAAAGGAGAUCAUGCUGUUCCCUGACCUACCAAUGGAUGACAAGCAACCAUCAUUCCUCCACCACUCUGACAUAAAGAAUUAUCUCGAGAAGUACAUUCACAGCUUUGGGUUGGACAAAUUCAUUCAAUUCGGUCACCUAGUGGAAAACGUUUCUCCUGUACCCAUGGGAGAUGACUCAAGUGCAGCAGUUGACAUGGUGAAAUGGGUGGUCAGUACGAAAAGUGUGAAGUCAGGGGAGUCAAAAUCAGAGGAGUUCGAUUUUGUAUUCAUCUGUAGUGGACACUUCUUUGAGCCGAACAUUCCAGACUUCAAAGGCCUUCUCUCAUUUCCUAGACCAGUCAUACACAGCAACUGUUAUCGAGAACCAGAAUCUUUUGCUGGCAAAGAAGUGCUUGUGAUCGGAGUUGGCCCCUCGGGACUUGAUAUUAUGCUCGAUAUUGCUAAGCACGCUAAAGUAGUCUACUUGAGCAGUAGGAGAGAGUAUUUGAAGACAAAGGUACCAGAUAAUAUGGAGUGGCUACCCGAUGUUUCUGAACUCAAGGAAGAUGACCGUCGUGUUCUUUUCGAGAACGGUGAUGAGAGAAGUGUGGACUGUGUUGUUCUGGCUACCGGCUACUUGUACUCUUAUCCAUUCCUCAGUGAAGAGUCUGGCAUCAAGGUUGUCGAGGGAAAGAGGGUUGCUGACCUCUACAAGCACACCUUCAAUGUCUCCCACCCCUCAAUGGCGGUUGUCGGUGUGAACACUGGGUAUAUUCCAUUUCCGUCAUCUGAUCUCCAAGUUCAGUGGAUUCUGGCGGUGUGGUCAGGAGAAAUUAUACUUCCCCUGAAACCAGAAAUGAUCCAAGAAAUCGAGGAUAUUUAUAAGAGCCGAUUGGAAGAGGGACUGUCCCCUCAGAGAGCUGGACAUUAUCUUCAAGAGAAACAGUGGGAGUUGUACGAUCAAUUUGCCUCUCUGGGGGGUCUGAAGCCAAUGCCCCCUGUAAUUAAGAAGCUCUAUAAUACCGUCUGUCGGACUAGAAAGCAUCAAAUAAUGAACUUCAGAGAAAAUAUGUACCAAGUUGACGGAGAGGACAGUUUUUUCUUGAAGAACUAAAAUGGCAAUGAAAAUAUAAACUGUUUUAAUAUUGUGCAUUUUUUAUCUUAGGUUACAGAUUUCCUAAUUAUAGGUGUAAAAAAGGUAAUCACAUAAAUGUAAUGUUUUCUGGGCCUUAAAAUUGGCCAUUAAUUGUAUGCUUGCAUAAUUUAAUAUUUAGCACUCCAGUACAUUCCGACUGGUUGCUGUGAAGACUGUGUUGAAAACAACUGACAAAACCCACAGCAAUCUGUACAUUACUACGUCCCCGCGUGCAUACAAUUAUAACGACAAUUAACAUUGAUUCACACCAAUCAAAAGAAUCCUCUGAGACCUGAAAAAAUAGACCUACAGUAAUUCGGUUAUGUAAAAAUUGGGCAUUGUCAUCGGAGUUACGUCCUUGACAAAAUCAGCAUAGACAACUACCUUUAAGUCGCCAAUGAUGCUGUUCAGUCAAGCUAGCUUUCACUCCAACCGACUACGCCUACAGCCAAUUAAAUAGUAACACAUGUAGUGCCAAUAAUAAUGUUUAGGCAUAAUCAGUGUAUGUUGCUUGGAUCUUUUUGACACUGUACGUAUUGUUCCCUGAGGCUAUCUCAGCCAACGGAUCAGAGAGUAGGUUCUUCAGGAAUAUCUUUACUUGUUCAGGAGUAGCAGUGGCCGUCAAUGCCAUUAGAGCGGCCCUACACCUCAUAUCAUAUAGGAACCAAAUAGUGUACCCCUACACUCUUUGUUCCCCAUAUCAUUGGGCAAUGAAAUGAAGAGUGUACUUUUAUCCUCACCCAUUCUAUACCUCCACAAUGAAUUGCUGCAUGAGAUACCGCCUCUUAUUCUCACUCCUACGAUCGUCAAUUCAAGGCAUCAGAGGAGCUCGUUUCACUGCCAGCAAGGCCUCAAAAUCAGCAUCCCCCCUCCAAUUGGCUUGGUGAUCACUCACUAGUUACUCACUGGUUACUGCAUGAUCAUUGAACAUUGAAUAUAUGAACAUCGAACUUACACAUCGAACUUACACGAAAGUAAUUCUCUGAAGUCUUUAGUCUUAUACCAGGAUCCUUCUUUAUAGCCCACGGUAUUUUGUCAAAUUCAUGGAUGUGUUCCACCAAUCUCUAACACACAACAUUGUUGUGUGUUUGGGAUUGGUGGAAAGCGUAAACAAGGUUGGAUGAACAUUCGUCCAUUGAAACCUGGGUUUCUUGACUCAAAUGGGCUGUCUAUUUACUAAACCGAAAAGUGACUGUCUUCUAUGCAGUUCAUGAAUACACAUGUAUAUGUUUGCAUUGUCUUCUACCCUCAUGCAUUGAAAUAAAUGUAGUGCAGUUUAACAUGAGUUUCAAAACAGUUGUCAGUUUACUCUUAUGCGUGCGUGGGUGGGUAUAUGUGUGUGUUGUGCAUGUCAAAAUGUGUGUUUAGAUGUGACGGUGACAGUCUACAAGAGCCGAUUACAAGAUGGACUCCCCCCUCAUAGAGCCGGACAUUAUUUGGGAGACAAGAGAUGGGAGUUUAACGAGCAGCUGUCACAGUUGGGAGGGAUUGAACCACCGCCACCUGUCAUGAGACCACUUGGUACGUGAACAAAUUAAGAGCUUGUGAUGUGGCAAAUUUUUUAGGGAUAGUCUAAUACCUUUAUAUACAAUUAUUAACGA